AUGUUAAAGUUUGGCUGUAAAAUGUUUGGACCUUGUGAGCUGAGGCUCACUGUAGGAAAACACACAUGCAAAGAUUGCCUAGCUUCUACAGUAAUGUACGAAAAAGGAUCUACAGUUUGUCUUAAUUUCACGAUAAAUGAUGCCCAGAUAACAAACGUUAUUAAAAGAAAUUAUUCAACUAUUUGUGUCAGUGUAACUGAAAGCAUCCCACCAAACGUGUCACCUUUUGGAAAUAAAACAAUGAACUGUAGUAUCACUGCCAAUAAGAUGUCUGUCUGCUUUGGAGAUUUUCAAAUACAAGAUGUUGGAUUGUUUUCCCUCUGUGAUAGUGCAACUAUUAACAGCAAUUGCUUUGAAAAUAUUACAUUGAAAAUAAUAGACCCACCAAUGGUGAAUACGCUGUCUCAGGAAAACAUGGUGGAAGGAAGAAACUUAUCUGUCACCUGCACCACCACCCCGGGGAGUCCUAGCUCUACUACAUUCUACUGGACCAAGGUAUAUAACCCAGGAUUCAGACAGAAUGGAGCUUCCCUACAGUUACCUAAUAUACACAGAGCAAAUUCUGGUACCUACCGAUGUACAGCAGAAAACAACUACAGUAAUGGGGAGAAGGGAUCAGACAGUCAGUCCAUGGUCGUCAAUGUUCUAUACCCCCCUUUAGUAAACACGCUGUCUAAUCAAAACAUAAUAGAAGGAAGAGACUUAUCAGUCACCUGUACAGUAACCCCUGGGAAUCCGAGCUCUACGACACUUUACUGGACCAAGGUAGAUAACCCAGGAUUCAGACAGAAUGGUCCCACUCUACAGUUAUAUAACAUACAACGGAACGAUUCUGGUUCAUACAGAUGUACAGCAGAGAACAACUACAACACAAGAGAGAGGGGGACACACACUAAGACGACGGUCGUCAAUGUUCUUUACCCCCCAACGGUUAAGACGUUGUCUCAACAAAAUAUUAUUGAAGGAAUCGACGUGUCUAUCACCUGUCAGGCCAACCUUGGCAAUCCUAGCUCUACCGCAAUGUACUGGAUCAAAGUAGACGACGCGGGAUUCAGACAGAAUGGACCCACUCUACAUUUACUAGACAUACAAAGAACCAGUUCUGGUACCUAUAAAUGUACAGCAGAAAAUAAUUAUGGAAAUGGAGAGAAGGGAAGAAAUAGUCAGUCUAUGAUUAUCAAUGUACUCUACCCACCUACCAUAGAGAGCAGACAAUUUCAAAUAGUAAAUGAGAGUGAGAAAGUUACAAUAACUCGAAAUAUUUCCAGUAACCCGCUGUCAGAUGUAUCCUGGUAUAGUAAGACAGAGCUGUUGAAAACCCAGUUAUCGGUGGCAACUACUACAUUCACCAUUGAAAGAGCCACUUGCAUUGAUACAAAAAACUUUACUCUUGUGGUCAAUAAUGGAGUAGGUCGCACGGUGACAGCAGUGGUUGAACUAAUUGUGAAUUGCAAACCGAUACCAGAUAAGACUGUAAUUACACUAGAGGUGACGUUCACAAUGGGAAUUGAAUUUUCAACCACGAUAAUUGCAUAUCCUAAGCCUCUUUACGAAUUAGAGUAUAAAAACGGAACAAAAAACAACCAAAUGAUGAAUAAUAUCACAAGAAAUGCAGAGAAUAAUUUCACUAUUUAUUUCAAGCAAGCAGUUGUUGAUCAAAGUAGUUUUGGGCUUUAUUAUCUCCGAACGAGCAAUAUCUUUGGAGAAUCAACAGUUCUUGUGAUUGUGAUCGAACAAAGAAAAGGAAGACCAGAAACACCCAGGAACAUAUCAGUCGUAUGUGAAAGAACACAAGCCAGAGUUCAAUGGAUAUCAUCUUUUAAUCACGGCGAUCCACAGCUUUUUACUGUUAUUAUUUUGAAUGGUCGAGAUGGAACUAAUAUGUCUUAUCGUUUUCACGACAAUGGUGAAAAUGAACUUCAUGUUGCACACGUAAGCAAUCUUCAACCCUCUGUGACAUACUGGUUUUAUAUGUCUGCAAAGAACAGUUAUGGAUCCAGUUCCUCAGAAGUCAUCAGAUGCAACACAGUACAAGAGGUAGCAAGCUCUCAGACAGAAGUAGUUGCUGGAAGUGUUGGAGGGGUGCUGGUUUUGUCCAUAAUUGUACUGAUUCUUGGGAUUAUUGUUCAAAGACGCUACUCAUGCAUCUGUAACAUAGCAUUUGAGAAAAAAGAUAGAAAUAAAACAGUUGACACAAACAAAGAGGCAUCCAACUACACAACCAUACAAGAACAACAAGAAUAUACAGCAAGGAAUAUGUAUGACAAUUUAACAUCAAAUGCAAACGCAAACCAAUACGAAGAUAUUCUAAAGAAAGAUAAUAAUGGAUAUGAUAAGUUCAAAGGAUGGCAAUUUCGUGAUCCAGAAUACUGAAGUUUAUGUAAACACAUCAUUUAUGAAGUAAAACAUUACAUGUGUCUAUGCCAUGUACGUACAAACAAGUGGAGUUGGUCCGAACCAUUCCUUCAAACACUGUACAAGGAAUUGUUGUCUUCUAUCUGGAUUUUGUAUUAAUUUCACUACACACAUGAGUAUACUCUCUACAUUUUAAACUUUUUUUAAAAUUUAGAUUUUACUUGUAUGAUAUUACAACAAAUAAAUGAACAUGUUUGCUAGAAAUUAAAACUGCUUUGAUGUUUGCUGUUUUGCAGAAUUAGUUUUUAUCCUUGACCAUUUUAUUUUUGUCCCGAUAUAUAUUUCAAAUUACACGCAAAAAUGUAUUUUAUGUGUUUUGAUUAGACAAUGCUUAUACUCUUUAAUAUUUAGCGGCUUGUUUCCGUUGUAACUGUUGGACCCAAAUUAUUGUCAUAUUUCUACUGUCCGUAAAAAAAGUAAU